UGAAGGAUGGGCCGAUUGGGCUGGCGUAGCCUAGUCCAGCCCAAGAGGUCAUUUAAAACCCCCGCCUCUCACAAAACCCUAAAGCCGAACUUUGGCGAGAAUAACUGAGUAGGAGCAGAGAGUUUCGCCGCACUACAAUGGGCGCCUACACUUAUGUGUCAGAGCUAUGGAGGAAGAAGCAGUCGGAUGUGAUGAGGUUCUUACAGAGGGUGAGGUGCUGGGAGUAUCGCCAGCUUCCAUCAAUAGUGCGUGUUACUAGGCCUACUCGUCCUGACAAGGCUCGACGCUUGGGUUACAAAGCCAAACAGGGCUAUGUGGUUUACCGUGUUCGUGUGAAGCGUGGUGGAAGGAAGAGACCUGUAUCCAAGGGUAUUGUGUAUGGUAAGCCCACCAACCAGGGAGUUACCCAGUUGAAAUUUCAACGUAGUAAGCGAUCUGUUGCUGAGGAGCGUGCUGGUAGGAAAUUGGGUGGUCUUAAGGUCCUCAACUCUUACUGGAUCAAUGAGGAUUCAACAUAUAAAUACUUUGAAGUGAUCCUGAUUGAUUCAGCCCAUGCUGCUAUAAGGAAUGACCCAAGAAUCAACUGGAUCUGCAACCCAGUGCACAAGCAUAGAGAGCUUCGUGGACUGACUUCAGCUGGAAAGAAAUACAGGGGUCUCCGAGGAAGAGGACACUUGCACCACAAGGCAAGACCCUCAAGAAGGGCAACCUGGAAGAGGAACCAAACUCUGUCUCUACGCCGUUAUCGUUGAUCUACUUGGAGUUUUUCAAGAGUUUCUUAUUGUAUUGUUCAACUUGAAGAGUUUCUUUUUGAAAUCAAGUUCUGAGGAACUUGGUAGAACAGCUCAAUUUGUGCAAUGGAUGAUGUGAUGAUAGAUGAUAAUGUUAUACUGUUAUAUUUAUUUGGUAUUUUAGAA